UACUCGAUAGGCGCCAAUUUUACUUGGUGUAAAAUUACAUUGUAAUUUAAUUGUGAAGUACAGAAUUAUCUUUUAGAAAAGCUAAAAAUAUUAGAUUAUCAUAUUCAUACAUAUGUGUGUUCCGAUUUCUUUGUAAAUAAAUGUAUACAACAACUAUUCAUGGAAGUAUGCAGGGAUAGUAAUGUCCAAAACGUUGGAGACUGUUAAUGUAAAGGAUAAACUGACAGACAGAAGAUUGUGUUAUUCUUUGAAAAGUAAACACAAACGUGUGUUAACAUCGAGAGAAAAUAUUUUCAAGCCAAAAUGCAAUAGAGAGCUCAAAAAGAAAUUAAAGAAAUACAAAUUAAGAAGAGAUGGAAUCGAGGAUCCUGACAUUUUAGAUGUGUCUAAAAUAUUAGUCACAUCGUUGAGAAUUAAAUCACCUAACAACCAAGAAAAAAUUUGCAAUAACAAUAAUAUCAUUGAACAAGAAGAACUGAAUCAAGGAAAUUAUCUUAUAAGAAUGGUCAGGAAGAAGAAAAUUUGUACCAAAGUUGAACCUCUAGCUAGUGUUCAAAAUAACAACAAAGGCCAAAAUGAAGAAAAUUUAAUAGCUAUUUUGGCAGAUGAAGUUGGAGAUAAAAAGCAUAUGGAUGCAUUUAAAUUAAUGAUGGAUUCUAGAAAUAAAAGUAUUGGUAGUAAUUCACCAGGCAAAGAGAGAUUAGAAGAACAAGAUUCAAUAGAAAUAGUAGAGAGAAAGGAAAUUAAGGCUAAAAGAAUUUUAUCACUCCAAAAAAUGGCACUGUCUAAAGGUCUUUUAAAGAACAAAGAAACAGAAGAAUUUAGAGAAAAAUGCAUUGAAAAGAAAUUAGUAAAAAGAGCAGAGAGGUUUAAACAAAUGAUUACUAAAACUGACGCUAAGAGUGACAAAAAGAAAAUUGAUUCUUCUGAUAAACAAUCCCAGCCUUCCAAUGACAACUGUGAUUCAAAAACUCAACCAAGGAAAAUUAAAUCAUUUAAGUUAUGUGAUAUUUUUAAUGAGACAACUGAAAUUAUUGAUCACAGUAAACAAUCUAAGAGUGUGCCAAAUGAUGACAUUGAAUUCUUGAAAAAGUUAUCUCCAUCAAUCAAGAAAAAGGAAAACAUGCUUAGUUAUUUUCAGAAAAUACCUAAGGAUGACUGUGAGGAGUUUGGAAAUUAUGAUUUAGUUGAAAACAAUGAUAAAUCAAUAAUUAAAGUGAAAUUUAAUUCAAAGUGUAAAAAGAAAACUAAAAUAUUAAAAUCUAUUGAAGAAAUAGAUACAGAUCCUGAAAAUAUCCAAAAUGGCUGUAAAAUUGUUACAAAUAGUAACAUAAAUGAAUUAAAUAUUAAUAAGCACAAAAGAUUUAAACGGAAACGUAAUUUAAAUGUUGUGGAAGGUAAUCUCUCGCUAGACAUAGAUGUCUUAACAUCAUGUAAUACUGAAAGUCGACCUAAAAGAAAUGUUAAAAAACCUUUAAAAUAUACGGAAGAUGUGCAGGUUUUUAGUUCUGAUGAGGAACUACAUAUAUUUACACCAAAGAAAAAAAAGAAUAAUGAAAAGCCCCUUCAAUCUAAAGUUGUUGACAUAGAUCAGCCAGAUGAUGGAGUUCAAAUCCAAAAGGUAAAAAAUGACAUGGAAAGCCAAAAUGUUGUGGAAAUAUCAAAAAAAGAUGAAAGAAAAAAUAAACUUAAAUUAAACAAGAAAACAGCUUUAAAUCACUCAAAAGCUAAAAAGCUCUUGCCUAUGUCAGUGAAAAAUGAUAAAAUACCAGCAAAAUUGGCACCAAUAUUUGUGGCAAAAGUGCAACUCUCUCCUGCAGAAAUUCAAGCUAAACAGAGGUUUUUAAAAAGCGGAGUCCCAGAAAAGUUAAAGAAGAAAGUGCAAAAUCCCACAAAUGUUAUAACUUUAGACAUGUUUCCCAGUGUAGUCCAUAUUCAACAAAGUAAGCAUGAUCUAAACUUACAUCAAGAAAAAGACUGGUUUAAGGGUUUAAUGGAUAUUGAUGAAUUUAGUUUUGUACAUGUUGAAAAUUCAUUUAAAGACCUCUUAUUGUUAAAAGAUGCUUGUAAUUAUAAAGUUCCUGUUCUUAGUAAGAAUAAACCAGAAAAAAUUUUGAAAAGUAUUAAAUGUGCUUAUCCAAAAUUUCCAGUUUAUCGUACAUACCAUUUGUUAAGUGGCAAAAGCAAAGGUGAAUUCAAAGAUUGUUUGUAUCCAGAUUUAGAUAAUAGCAUUGAAAUAAUUAAUGGGCAAUGCGUUGACACAAGCAAUGAAAAUCCUGAUCAAUUAAAUUGGUGCGACAAAUAUAAACCAACUUCAUCAAAACAAAUCAUUGGUAAUUUUGAGAGUAUAAAAGAACUUAAAAAAUGGCUUGAGACAUGGACUGAAAAUUUAUUCAAGGCAAAACAAACUGCAAGUGAUAGUUCUGAUUUUUCUGAUUUCUAUCAUUCUGAUACAGAUAGCAGGGAUGCAAAUAGAAACACUAAUAAUGUACUUAUACUAACAGGAAGGACAGGAUCUGGUAAAACUAGCAGUGUGUAUGCUGUAGCUUCUGAGCUAGCUAUUAAGGUGAUUGAAGUAAAUGCUAGUAGUAAAAGAACAGGUAAAAUAAUGUUGCAAGAUCUUCAAGAAGCUACACAGUCCCAUAAAGUUAACAGGGCAAAAAGCGGCUCAGAUAACUCACAAAAACUACAGGAAGAAAUUACUUCAAUAAAUAUUAAAAAACGUGGUAGGCCUAAGAAAGUAAUAAAUGGAAAGGCAAAGCCAUCUUCUCUUAAGACAAAUGAAAGUCAGCAACAAGUAUUAGCAAGUCAAGAGAAUGUCAGAACAGGCAUGUCUCUUAUUUUGAUAGAUGAUGCUGAUAUAGUUUUUGAACAAGAUGACGGUUUCUGCUCAGCUAUUGCACAGCUAAUUCACUCUUCCAAACGACCUGUCAUUUUAGUUACCUCUUCCCUUAGAUGUCCACAUUUACAGAGGUUUUUACAAUAUGGAAAAGUUUUACAUAUGCGCCCAGUUAUAUCUAGAAUGCUUGGAACUUGGCUGGAUGUUAUGUGCUUAGUAGAUUUGGGCAUAUGUUGUAGAGGUCUAGGAGCUAAAGUGUUGGAUUUUUAUAAGGGUGAUAUAAGAAAAACAAUAAAUUGUUUGCAAUUUUAUAUGAACUCAAAUAAACGCUUAAACCAAGGAGAUGAAGUUACGCUUUCUCAGUUCAAACAUAACAUUGAUGAUGAAGAUUCCAGUAUGUCUUGGUUAGACUCUGAAAGCUUGGAAGCACCUGUAUCUAUUGAUAUUGAGACAGAUGCUUAUAUUGAUAAACAAUUGCAACUGUUACAAGCUGGUAGUCCUCUGAAUGUUUUUAGUGUCUGGUGGAACUUACCAACUCACUGUAAGGAUUAUACUGAAACACAUGAGGAAGAAGCGAGUUCAACAAACAUAAACUGUAAAAAGGAGCAAAAUGCUGCAGAAAGACUUGAUAGAAUUGCACAUAUUUUAGAUACAAUAUCAGUGAUUGAUUGUUUUGAUCACGAUAAUCCAAAUGUGGGCACAAAUAUUAGCACAAGUCCCUGGCGUGCUUCAGAACAUGCUAGUUUAUUUGAAAGUGAAAACUUAGAAUGUUAUAACAGGUCAUCUUUAGUUACAAAAGAAAUAUCUAAUGUGCUCAUUAAUCGUACGAUAGCUGCAACACAAAGGGUGUUUAAGCAUGAGAAAAGCUUAAAUUUAUUAACUUCCACUAUGAGUAUUCAAAGGAAUAGGGACAAGAUAGUGUCUCGACACAACAAGUUGUCUGAAUACUUACAUCCAGCUGCCGUGUUAGAUCGCCGGGCAACUGCGCUAGACUACUGGCCAACGUGUAGAACUAUUUGCAGGAUAGAAAAAAGCAAAACCGAUUCAAAUGUGAAGCGGAACAAUCGCUUUUGCCACUACUUAAAGUCCUUGAGUAUUCUCGGCAAAAAUGAUUUCUUUGAUAGCCUUGCAGAUAGCCUCACUUGAAAUUGUUUAAUCUGUAGAUUAUUCCCGCGGUUUCGCCUGCGUGUAGCCCGUCAACUACCACAAAAGAUAUGCGAAGUCCCACUUACGCUAACAAUUAUAUCCAAUAAUAAUUGGUAACUAAUGUUUUUGUAAUUUCUGUAGUGAUUGUUCCAAAAAAGUAUUCUAUGUCCGUCCCCAGGAUGCCAGUUAACUCUGUUCGUUUCUUCAAGAUCAGUACAGUUGUUGACCCGAACAUAUGCAACAAACAAAUAGACACACGUUCGCAUUUAUAAUAUUAGUAAGGAUAUAGGUACAAAAAAUAACGUAUAUAGCUUGUAAAUUAUGUUCAAAUAUUUGGCGGUCUUGUUAGUAGUAGUAGUCAGAAUAUUCCACUACAGAUCUCGACGUCGUUGGUUCGAUUCCUUACCGGAUCAAACAUUAUUAGGGCAGUUCAGAUAAAAAAAAAUGCCUGAGCAAUUCACUGGCUCGACUGAAAAUAGAACCGUAUUAUCAUAGUCUAAACUAGAAAAUGUAGAAAAUGGUAUGGAUAUCGUAAUCGUGUCUCUGUCUGCCGGAACUGCCCUUUAUAGAUUUUUCUGUUAAGAAAUUCUAUGCAGUCAAGCCAAAUCAAAGACAAAUAUUUCUUUAUUCAAAAAUGCACAUAUAUGGCACUUUUGAUGCGUACAUAACAUAAAAAAUAUGCACACAGU